AUGGCCGCCAAGACUGUCUCGGCAUUGGAUUGCAGCUACUGCGUAAGUUUUUGCCAUAUUUUUGAUGUCUCAAAGUUUAGAGAAAGUUGUUUUGAUGGUUGAAAGAAUAGGAGAAGGUGUUGAUCUAGCUUUUAACCCAAAGUCAUCUUCAUUUUCGGUCUCUUUCAACUAAAAACAACCAAUUUCAAUGUAGACCAUCUAAAGGGAUGCCAUGAAUAAUAUAACCCCUGUUUGUCUUUCAGUUUAAAUUUAUGGGCGCCCAGAUUGCCCAUGAUCGCACCAAGGUCCUCGAUGUGUAUGAUCAAUGGCUCAAUACCGUAUUGGAUUGCUAUUCGUUGAGUGAAUACAUCACUUCUGUGAAGGUGCCGGCUGAAGGAACAGAACGCGAGAAUGUGGAGGCUGGUUUGAAGAGUUUGAUGAAAGUUUGCAUCGAGAACAUUGAGCAUUAUGUUGGAAGGUAUGUGAGCUUUGGUUCUUUUUGUUUUGUCUUUUAGGUUAACAAAUAUCAAAGGCUUUUCUUUGAAGUAUAGCUGAUCUAGUGUAGUAUUGGAAAAAUAUGCGGAAAUUCUGUAAAUUUUUACUAAUUUUUGUUUCGCCUAUCAAGAGUAGCUCUUGAGAGAACUUUAUUAGUUGGUUUGGACUAGCUUAGGCUAUCAAUUAGACGAGUAUUAUCCUUGGCAUCAGAUCCUCAUGGACAAUAUAAAAUUUUGUCUCGGUGAUAGUUUUAUUGACCUCGCACACAAGUAUGGUCGUUUCAGUGAGCUGAAGAAGGAAGAUGUUCCGAUUCUGGCUGGGUUCUUCACUCUUAUCCUCGAAUUUCAUCGCUCAAUUAAGCAGACACCGGAGUUUUGGAAGGACCUCAAGGAUAAGCCUGUAAUCGAAAAGGCAUACUCUGAUGCUCUUGAAUACGUUUCACAGCUGAAGGAUGGAGAAGUCAAGGAUGCUCUGAAGACAAAAGUUCCCACUUUGAGCGAGAAUUUGAGUGCCAACGAGACCAUCCACAACUUCCAUGGAAAAAUGGAGGAAUUGAUCGAGAGCUUGAAGAAGUUCGAAGCUCCGCAAGAAAUUUUGGAUGAGAUUCACCUCAAAGAGGAUUUUGAAUUUGAUUAUAAUGUGGGGCUUUUCAAACAGUAAGGUUUUCUUGAUUUUUUAUCUUGUUUUAGUUGAGCGACCUAAAGUAAUAUCGACGAGUGCUUAUACUGGUGUGUUUAUAGGUUGGCCGACCUGGAAAAGCCGUAUAUGGAGGCAUUUGAUGCCAAGAAAAUUUCCAAAGAGCUGGUUGAGAAGUAUUAUGAAGUUUUGGGGUAUGUGUUGGUCAAUGUUGACGAUAUCAAUGAAGCCUUGGAAUACUAUGAAUUUCAACCUGAGCUCGAGGAGAAGAGACUCUCUUUGAUUGAGGUGAGUGAUUUUUGUUUUGUUUUUUUUUUAACUUUAGGUGGAUUUUGAGACGAUCCUAUGAAGUCUAGUGUAAUAUAAAAAGUCGUUUGAUUUUGAGAUUCUUCGGCUUAUACGUGGUUGCGAAUGCCUUUUAAGGCCUUUUUAGAUGAUAUCCAUUCGUUCUAGAUGUAAAAACGUUUCUUCCGAAUGAUUUUUCACCAAAUUUGCCUAGUGUAAUAUGCAAAAUCCUUUAUUUUAAAUCUUUUGGUAUUAAUAUUGCUUUUCCAGGCCUUGUACAAUUAUCAUGUCGGCAGAACCCUCAAUCUGAUCCCAGCCCAUGACAUUGACGACACCUUGAGCACCUAUAUUUCAAAGAUUGUUAAUGUAUUGCUGAUCCUCGCCCCAGUCAAGUUCCUCACCGUCCUUUUCAAACGCCAGGCGCAGAAAACGGAAUGCGCAUCACCUAUUGGGGCCAUUCUGUUGAAAUGUAGAAAGGGGUUGGCGCAGAAAAUUGAGGGCUCCACCUUGGCGGUUCAUGUCUUGAAGAAGAUUUUUGAAGAAUUAGAAGAGAAGCAGGCUGACCAAGAGACGAAGAAAUUGUAUACUAACCUUGUGAAGAGUCUGUGCAAGCAGAGAAUUGAUUGUAAGUUUGAUUUUGGGGGACUUAUAUUAUCCAUGAUGGUUUAGGUGAAUUUGGAUGAAAAAGUUUGAAUUUUCGAUUCUAAAAUAAGGUUUUGGUCUUGAAUAUUACCUAUAGUGUUGUACUGCUUAUAAUAAGGGACAUUUUUGAUGAUUUCAAGAGGAUUUUUAUAUUAUCCAUGAUAAUUUUUGGUGAAAAAGUUUGAUUUUUUGCUUUGAAAAUAAGAUUUUGGUCUUGAAUGUAGCCUAAAACCUUGUGCUUGUCAUAAUGAGGCCUAUUUUUGAUGAUUUUAAGAGGGUUUCUAUAUUAUCCAUGACAAAAAUUAUCAUAAAAUCAGGGUUUUUGAGAAGAAUUAGAAGUUUUUGACGUAUAGCUGGCUCAUUACCCCCAUUUUCAGUCCAAAAACAACUCGUUGACCCGGUGGUAUCCCCCACCGAAGUAAUCCGUCACUUUAUUUUUGAGUCCCCGGCCUCUUCGCGGGCCUGGUUCCUCAAUCUGGCGAUCCUCACCGGAUUCUUCGAUGCACCCGACAAGUUGAAUCGCAGUUAUCCCAUCAAUUUUGACCCAGAAAAUGGAGAACAUGUUGAGCCGGCAGAUUUGAUCACCUACAUUGUGACUUUGCAUAAAUUGAUUGCUGCUGAUGUUACAAGAGGAUCUUUGUUUUCUGCUCCGGACUGUCUGAAGAAGCUCGGAGAGAAGUUUUAUGGUAAGUUUAAGGAGGUUUGGGGGAGUUUUGAGGGAUUUUUAUGCGAUUUCUGACCUUAUUUUAGUUGUUUCGGAGGUUAUUUUAGAUGUUUGGGGCCUUGUUUUAGCUAUUUUGGAUGUUAUUUUAGUAAUUUUCGAUCUUAUUUUAGUCAUUUGAGAACUUGUUUUAGUUGUUUUGGAUCUUAUUUUAGCUGUUUACACCUUGUUUUAGCUAAUUCGGACCUUAUUUUAGAUGUUUAGGAUGUUAUUUUAGAUGAUUCGGACCUUGUUUUAGCUGUUUCGGAUCGUAUUUUAGUCAUUUGGGACCUUGUUUUAGCUGCUUUGGACCUUUUUUUGCUGUUUCGGAUGUUAUUUUAGAUGUUUCGAACCUUGUUUUAGCUAUUUCGGAACUUAUUUUAAAUGUUUUGGAUGUUAAUUUAUCGAUUUUUGGACUUCACUUUGCCCUUUCUUUCAGCUGAAAGAGUGAUUGUCGAUGAUAUGCACUUCCUGAACCACCAACUCUCGGAAUGCCUCUGGUCCGUAAAGUAUUUUGCCUCCCGAUACCUGUUCAAAACGGUCACCAACCUCACUCAUGACAUCCCCGAAGUCCUCUACCGCCUCAUUCCGGAGGAAAACCGCCGCCGCUUCCGCCCGAUCACGUAUCCGGGCGAGGAGAACAUUAGCGAUUUGGAGAACUUGCUCUAUUCGAUCAUGGAAAUGGCCCUAACUUCUCCGGAACUCACUAAAUCUUUCAUCGCAGAUUAUGCGCUCGACUUUAAGCUGUUGAACACGCCGGAAAAGGAGUCGGAUUGGAGAAAUGCAACUGCUCAACUGAUCUCCUUGUUGACGAAUAAGUGUCUAAAAGUGGAGGAAUUUAAAGGAUUGGUGGAUAUUUUGGAUUUGUUGAUCAGAAAAGCCGAUUGGCCAUUGCCAUUUGACAGCCAGGAGAAGGUUACUGUGGAAUGCGCGGCUUGUAAGGCAGAUUUUGGGGGAUUUGCAGAGACUUGGGGGGUUUUUGGGAAUAUAUUUUUUUACAAGGAAAAUGCUUCGAUGGGGUAUGGAGUUACAGGUCGUGACAUAUAUCAAGAAAAAAUUGCAAAAUUUUCCUGAUUCAGAGUAUGUAAAAAUUAGCUGCCUAAUUUUGGUUUGUAAGGGUGAAAAAGUCCUCUGUACUUUCCUCGCAAAUUUCAGAUUUUUUUUUUUUGAUGAGAACGAUUUUUUGGGGAGUUUUUAUUGUUUAGACCAUAGAAUUAAGUAAGAAAGAGCGGCAAAGAAUAGUUUGUUGUUCUCACUCUCUUUUUCCUUUCAGUGGCCAGCAAUCUGGAGCCCAUUUUCGUCCUCGGAGCCGCCGUUUUGAACGACCUGGCCGAACAGCGCUAUAAGGUGAAUGGAAAUACUUUGAUUGACACCUGGAACCCAUCGACUCAAAAUCUGGUCGAUUGCUUUUGCUUCAUCACGAAUGAACGCUUAUCAAAACAAGUCAACAUUUAUGCUCCAAAGAAGUAGGUUUUCAAUGGAAAGUAGAGAGAAAAAAUGUGCAGUUUUUUUUUAAAUUUUUUUUGGAGGUUUUUGCGGAGAAAAAUUGAUCAAAAAUUGUGCCAAAUUUCCACAAAAUUGGUCCAAAAUUUAGGCUUAUUUUUUCAGCACCGGCCUCGACUAUGCCGCCAAUUUUGUCGCCUCUCCGGAGAUCCGCUACCUGAACCUUGCCCUGUUCCAAAUCCUCUCUCUGAUCGACGCGAUUGUCGGCCUGAACCUCCCACUGGACAACCCCACCAUUGUCGCCAAUCUCGCCGUCCAUGUGAAGCAGUUGGUCAACAGAAUGCUCCCCUGGAACCCAGAGGAAAUCAAGUCGUUGGGAAGGAGAGUUCAGAACGAAUCCGCCUUUGACAAACUUAAAACUGGAUUUGAGAGUAAGUAGAGGCCUUUUUGUGACAUCUCCACAUCACUUUUGGUGGCUUGGAAUUGAGCUUUGCACUGUUUGUUGGAGUGUUUUUGUGUUGAACAUGUCUGUUUUUGUCUUUUUGAGAAAUAAAUUUUGAUCUAAAAUGGGAAUGGAGAAGCUUUGGAGGAGUUGGAAGAAGUUUUCGGCUAAAAAAUCGGUGAAUUUUUUUUUGAAAAUAAUGAAAUUGUCGUAGAAUGAGGGAAAGUUUAUGUUUUUUGUUUGUUGUGUUGCUUUUUUCCCUAAUUUAUGUUUGCUUUGCCGUCUUGUAGGAGCCCCAUUGUUGAAGAAACCCGGCGAAGAGAGGAAUGAUUACAAGAAAGAGGAGAGAAUCUCGAAAUCAGCUGUUCAAGUCACUGGAUUUUCGAGAAAUGACAGGAAAAACAUGGACGAGGAGGAAAAGUUGGAGAAACAGAAGAUUGAACAUCCAAAACAUGAGGAAAUCCCGGUGAAGCUAGUUGAAGGGGCCAAGAAGGACGAGGAAAAGCAAGUUGAAGUCAAAAAAGAGGCUCCAGAGGAUAUUUCCGGGCCUUCGGAAGCCCCAGAGAGCCCACAGGAAGUACCUCAACCCAUCAGAAAGCUUCUACCAACUCCAAUAACCUUUGAGGAACCCAAAGAACCCCAACAAGUUCAAGAAAAUCAGUCAGAAGUGCCGGAACCCGUCGAAGAAGCCGUUGUUGAUGUAAUUUUUUGUUUGCUGUCCCCUUGGUUUUGUCUUGAGUUGGCUUGAAAGUCGUGUUGGCACUGUGAUCUUGAUGGCUUCAUUUGAAAAUUAAUUGAUUUCAAUUUCAGGCCGGCUUCAAUGAAUCAGUCCCAUUCGAGCCGUCCGUAUGUGAAUCGGAACCGGAACGCAGCGAAACCAUCGAAAUUUUGAAGAUUGAGACCAAGGAUGUGACCGAGGAUACACCAAAAGGAUGCGAAUCUGAGGAAACGGAAAAGGUAAGGGGAUUUGUGAGGACAAGAGGGAUUUUUUGGGGAAAUUGAAGGGUUCUUGAAUGAUUGGGUUCCGGAAAAUAAUCCAGAUUUUGAUGGAAAAAAAUGUCAAAUGAGGUGUAGAAAGGGUAAAAUACGUUAUUUAGGAUGUAACAGGGGAUUCUAAUUAG